UUGGCGGAUGGCGUCGUCUAGAGAUGCUGUCCAUUCCCUCCCCGUUAAUCUCCGCGGCCAGGGGCCUUCCAAUUGGAGGGUUUGCCAUGUGGGUCUUGAUGGCGCAAUGUGCUAUCCAGCAGUGGAACCACAGCUAAAGCUUCAGAAGACAAAGAAAGAUGGGAUGCGACGGAUGAGACUACCCUUUUGAUUCGUGAUAGACGACUCCAACAGGUGGAGAACCCACAGCAAUACGAUUAUCGAGGAUGUCAAGGAGGUUUCGCGUGCAUAAGCGUUUACUCUGGCUGCACAUCCACUUAUAGCCAUUAUAUCGCCGUUGACAUGACUUGAAGUCUCCUAAAAUACGAUGGGAAAAUAUGACCAAGCACGAACAUGAACCAGCUCAGGCUCGCGGGAGAGGUGACCAAGCUACCAACAUUACCUCGGCCGCCGUUGUACUCCCGCCUCCUGAUGGCGGAUUUCAUGCCUGGGCCCAGGUUGUCUCUGGUCAUCUGGUUGUAGCUCUGACCUGGGGGUACGCUGCCAGUUUCGGGGUGUUUCAGAGCCACUAUGAGUCUACCUUGCCUCAGAGUCCGUCCGACAUCUCCUGGAUCGGUGGUUUCCAGGUAUUCUGUCUAUUAUUCAUCUCAACACUCUCCGGUCGCGCAACAGAUGCGGGGAUGGCAAGGACAGUAGUGGCUGCUGGCGCAGUCCUGCUGGGUUUGGGCACCUUCAUGACCAGUCUCGCGACAGAAUACUGGCAGAUCUUUCUGGCCCAGGGGCUCUGUAUUGGCCUUGGGCAGGGCCUCAUGUGGUUGCCCAGUGUGACGUUGAUCUCGACGUAUUUUAUGCGCCUGCGUGUCUUUGCUGUGACGACUGCGGCCACGGGUACGAGUACAGGAGGCAUCAUUUUCCCAGCAAUGAUUCAGUACCUCAUCCCAAAGAUCGGAUUUCCGUGGGCAGUGCGGUGCAUGGGGUUUGUUGUCCUUGCCAUGUCAGCAGCCACCCUCGCCCUUCUGCGUCCGAGAUUGCCACCACGAAAGUCGGGACCGCUGGUCGAGUUGAGCGCGUUCAAAGAGCCUGCGUACAUGCUUUUCACCUUUGGCGUUUUCCUCCUAUACUGGACCCUGUAUUUUGCUUUCUUCUACGUACAGUCCCCAUCAUGAGAGGUGCCGUAUAUCGAGAGCUAAGUAUAGUUUAGAUCCAGGUCUAUGCGACAGAGGUGUUGGGGAUCUCCGAAGAAUCCGGUGCGACAUUGAUAAUCAUCAUUAACGCCCUCGGUAUUCCCGUCCGAGCCCCCUCGGAUACUUGGCCGAUCGCUACA